AUGUCUGCUUGUCCAGAGAAGACCUACCCCAUCCAGGGCAUUCCAUACACACCGGAUCCCCAAGGAACACUACCUGCAAGACAAGAACUGUCUAGAUGGUCGACUUCCAGUGAUCCCGAGGAGCGUCGGCAGGUGUCUCUCUUCAUUAGGGCGCUGGACGAGCUGCAGCGACGAAAUCCAAUAGAGAAUCAGUUCUCUUAUUUCCGACUCGCAGGCAUCCACGGUGCCCCUGGUCAAGGAUGGGAUCAAGCCCCAGAUCCGCAGGAGGAGUUCAAAGGGACCAAGGGAUAUUGCUACCACAACUCCUACUUAUUCCCAACUUGGCAUCGACCGUAUAUGGUGUUAUAUGAGCAAUGUCUGCAUGAGAUCAUGGAAGAAAAAGUACAGUCAAUCUCUGAUGUUGCCGUUCGAAAGGAAUGGGAGGAAGCCGCCCGCAACUGGCGUCUCCCUUUCUGGGACUGGGCUGUCGAACAAGAAGAUACCAGGAAGCUCGGACUUCCGACGGUCGCGUCCAGUGCUCAGAUCAGUAUUCUUCGCUUGGAUGGAUCUGGAGAGGAACAAUCUUUUGCUAAUCCCUUGUUGAAGUUCACCAAUUGGGCGCCUGAUGCAAAUGGCACUUUGGUGGAGACCCCUAUGGGUGACCAACGAAUGGGGAAGUUCAAGAUUCAGUUCAUUGGGGAGAAACCGCCAAACAAACAUCGAUUAGACUUUUCCAAGCCCAAGGCCACCAGUCGAUGGGCGAAUGAUCAAGUCGACGCGGAAUGGGUCAAUGGCUAUGCACUAAAUGACCUCGUUGGCGAAGCCAUCUCCCAGCACAGGUACAUGGGGGAAAACCAACCCAAUUUAACUGUCAAGGCAGUUGUCUCGCGGCUGUUGAGUCCGCAAUACUUCAGCUCUUACUUGCCUUUCUCAUCAAGCAAGUGGGCCGAAUCGCACCCGACCGAUUACCUGUCACUGGAGAUGAUUCACAACAACAUUCAUGAAUGGACAGGUGGCUCAGGUGUCCGUUCAGACGGCACCUUUACCCAGGGUCACAUGGCCAAUGUUCCUGUGUCGUCGUUCGAUCCCAUAUUCUGGAUGCAUCAUUGGUUCUCCUCUCUUCUUCUCAACGUUGACCGGCUGCUAGCACUUUUCCAAUAUAUCAACUCUGCUUGGCUUGAAGACGAGGAUCUGCUACAGACGCCUCUACAACCAUUCCAUCGGGAUGAAGACAAAACAGUUUGGACUUCACAGGAGGCUGAGGAAUGGGAAAGACUUGGCUACACCUACCCGGAACUGGUGGGUAGACCCGAUCCGCAACAGGUUUCCCGGAAUGUUCAGGCCAAGUACGGCACCCCUGUGAAGGCGCUUCAGCCAUCUUGGCAGGGACUGGCCAGCUGUCCCGGCGUAAAUGACGAUGAGUUCCAGGACUACAUUAUCAAUGUCAAGUAUGAUCGCUACGCCUUGGACGGCUAUCCAUACAAGAUCAAAUUCUUCCUACAUGUGGAUGACCAAAAUGACAUUCCCCUUGGAGAGGUCUACAAUUUCAGCACUCCACUGGAUCUUGGAUGUGGAAAUUGCAGCACCCAAAAAGCACAAGGUGUAUUGUCAAAGGCCCAGGUCCCCAUCACUCUGCAUCUGCAUGAGCUAGUGAGAGAGAGGUACUCUGGUAUUCCGUCCCUUCGAUCAUUUUCUUACACACCCGAUGAAGAACCGGGCCUACAACCAAAUUUCAUUUCGAAUUUCCUCGAGGGUGCUUUGAUCUGGACUGUUACCACAAACACCGGAGAGUUGGUAGACUUGACGCAAUUCUCCGGACUAGAAGUGAAUGUCCUCACUGCUCGGGCAUCUUUCGAUGACAGAAAUGUUGCUCUGUACCAGCCCAAGGGUUACGAGACCCUGUAUCAGCCCACACAAGGAAAGCCAUGUGGUGCAGCGCCCAAGUAG